CGGUUCGGUACCAAAUGUGCUCGGUGUGGUAGACAAAUCUAUGCCAGUGACUGGGUGCGAAGAGCUCGGGGGAACGCCUACCACUUAGCCUGCUUUGCGUGUUACUCCUGUAAAAGGCAACUGUCUACGGGGGAGGAGUUUGGCCUGGUGGAGGAAAAGGUCUUAUGCAGAAUCCACUAUGACACCAUGAUAGAAAACCUAAAAAGAGCAGCAGAAAAUGGCAAUGGUAUUACGUUGGAGGGAGCUGUGCCAUCAGAACAAGACAGCCAGCCAAAACCAGCAAAAAGAGCGCGCACUUCAUUCACAGCGGAACAGCUGCAGGUGAUGCAAGCACAGUUUGCUCAGGAUAAUAAUCCCGAUGCACAAACGCUUCAGAAACUUGCAGACAUGACAGGACUAAGCAGAAGAGUUAUUCAGGUUUGGUUUCAGAACUGCAGAGCGCGACAUAAAAAGCACACCCCACAGCAUUCAGUACCUCCACCGGGGCCGAACCCGACUCGUCUCACCUCUUCCCUGUCUGAUGACAUUCACUUCUCCCCCUUCAGCAGUCCAGAAAGAGCGAGAAUGGUCACAUUACACGGAUACAUAGAAAGUAAGUUCCACUUUUAUCCUACCAUAAAAUGUUGCAAAGGGGACUUUAAAACACCAAGUCAAAAUUUCAGGCAAACAGCAAGUUACAUACCCUUCAGUGCCAACUGA